AUGUCUACACCCCUUUCUCUCACACAAACCAUUCUCAUCUCCGACCCUCUCGGCUACAAAUCGGCCACUCAAUCCCCCUUCCUCGCCAACGCUUCCCAAGGCCGCGUCUCCAAAACCCUUCUCGGCCAAUGGCUCGCCAAUGACCGGCUGUAUAUUCACGCCUACAUCCGCGGCGUAGGCCGUCUGCUGAGCUUCUUGCAACUACCCGAGGUCGCGACGCCUCCUCGCGAUGACACAGCUGAGCGGGAGCAUCCGCCAAACGCAAAGCUCCUUCACUGGAUGAUUGAUGCCCUUGUCAACAUCCGCCGAGAAGAGGAUUUCUUCGUCCGGACCGCAACCAAAUACGGCAUCGACGUCAAUCUCCCUGCCGAUGCCAACGGCCGGGUUGCCGACGACGCCAAACUCGAGGGUCUGCGCCGCUUCGAAGCUCUCUUCGACGGCAUAUCCCCCCGCGGCGACGACGGCGUCAUCCUCCCCUGGCUCGAGGCCGCCGUCGUCUUCUGGGCGACGGAGAAGUGCUACCUCGACGCCUGGUCCGGCGCCGCAGCCCGGCUCUCCACUCCGUCGGCCAGCGAAGACGAUGCCGACGGCGGGGCUCUCCGACGUGAGUUUAUUCCGAACUGGAGCUCCGAGGAGUUUGCGCAGUUUGUCGACCAGCUGGGCGAGAUUAUUGACUCCGCGGCGCGGCGGGAGAUGGAGCUGCGUAAGGACGCGGACGAGCUUGUCAGGGUGCAGUUGUUGGAUCGGGCGCUGGCAAAGUGGCACGAGGUGGUGGCUGCGGAGAAUGCAUUUUGGCCCGCGAUGGAGGAGUGA